UUGAAUUAGUGAGUGAAAGUAAAGAUUGCAAUAUUAAAGUACAGCUGUAAUGGAAAUUAUUUAUGAAUUAUCUAGCAACAAUAAGUGAAGAAAAGUAUUAAUAUGGAAAUCGGAAUUAAGUGUUAACUGUAAAAACUUAUCAAACAUUUUUGUCAUCAGUUAUCUAAGGAGGAAGCAGAUAGCAAUACAUGUUCUGGAAGUGAAAGUUUAAUCAACUAUAAACAUGAGCUGCCAAAAGUAAAGCAUACUUAUGCAUAUUAAAUUUAAACUGAUCCUCGUUACGAUAAGUGGUUGAUAAUAAUAAUCUACAGAACCGUAAAUAAUAGACGUCUUCAUCCUUAGGCAUUUGAGAUAAGGAGAAAGAGUGCUUUAUUCUGAAGUAUAUGUAUUGCAAUAUUGGAUUAAAAUUAUAUGCCAAAGAGCAUAUUGAAAAUUCAAGACGACAAAACUAUUUAAACUUAUUUCUACUCAAUAUUUGAUUUAUGUUCAUUAUGCAAAAAUGCGCCUAACGAUUAUAACAAGAAAACGCUCUCCAAUCAUAUUAGAUUUUGAUUCAAAUAAAACAGUGUACAAUUUACUUGAAUAUCUCUGCAAUUCGACAAGCAUAGGGGGUAAACCCGAAAAUUACUAUCUGUUAUUGAUUGGAAAAAUUUUAGAAUAUCCAAUUAAACUGAAAUAUUACAGCAUUGAUGGAAACUCAAUGCUAGUAUUACUGCCAAAAUCAAAAGCUAAAGGGAAGUUAUCUAUUCAUCAGUACUGCUGUACGUCAUUUGAAUCCCUUCCCACUAACGAUGAUGAUUUACCAUGCACUUCUUCUGAAGCAAAACGACGUGAAGAAUUAAAAAACGCUUCUAAAGAGUAUAUGACACAAAGCUUAAUUGAGGAAUACAAUUUACUCAGCGCUAAUGUCAUCAAAACUAAUCAGAAUGAUAAUGAAAAUAAAGGAACUGGUUUGAAGCAUAAACAUGUUUUAGCUCCUUUGUCUCCACUUGAGUUACUUAGAAGUGAUAUUGUGUCAGAGAAUAGACUCAAGAGGAAACCAAUUCGUGUAUCACCUCUUGCGGUUACUGUAGAUAGGCCAAACAAUCUAUCAAAUUCUUUACUUGGUUUACAUAGCUGCGCCAUAGACUAUUCACAAAAAACGUCAAGCAAUAUUCAAACUAUUCCAUCAUCACUUGAGAUGCUUAGCAGCAACGCUGGCGAAAAUAGACCUAUAAGAUUUGAAAACAUGGACUAUAAUAUUGAUACUGAGGCGACUGCAACAUAUGAUGAAUGUCUAGCAAAAUUGCUUGAAGUUAUGAACUAUACACGUGUAGAUGAAAUUAAAGAUGUUCUUAAUAAGGGUUUCACAAGCCUGGAUCGUGCCGUUGAAUAUCUUCUUGAUCAAAGCAAUCAACCUACAUCACAUAAUGAGACAUAUCUUGAACAUUUUCCACCUAUAGCUACAGUUCGUCCAUUUACUUCCAUACCAACACGUCAACUCAGCGAUCCAGUGUAUAAUCGUUCUCAAUGGCAUAGAUCUAUAAGUAGUGAAGAUAUAAGUACUGGUCACUCUUCACGCAAAUCUUGGCGUAACGAGGAGUUUAUGGACUGCGCUAGGGAAUGGCAUGGAAGUAAUAGUAAUGGUGCAGAAAUUUGGAGCAAAUACAAAGCUAGACAUGAUCAGGCAUUUUCUUUAGUAAAAGCACACGCUUCAGCUGAAUGGAGUCUUGAAGACGAAUUUAAUUAUGCUACGGAUCAGUUGGGAAUAGAAAUUAAUAUUGUUGAUGAUGACAAUAAGGAAAAUGAAUUUGAACCAGAUGAAAGUAUGUCACUCGAGGAAAUUGAAGCUGAAGCCUGGUGUGGAGAACCUGAGGAAGAGGGUGCUUGGGGAGGUCAUAUUGAAACUAAAAUUGAUUUGGCUACAACGACAAUAAAAAAGAAAAUUGUGCGCAAAAAACAUGGUGGUGAUGAAUUUCAAAAUACAAAUAAUGCAGCGCAUAAAGAAUACGAAAUGGACUGGAAAAAGAAAAGAAAUUAUAGUUGUAGUUAUCAUGGUAAUAUAACACCAUCUAGUUAUGAUGGAGCAAAUAAAAACUGGCGUGAGAUAUUUAAAUCCUUAGAAAAGGAUAGUGAUUUAAAUGCAGAACAAGAAAGAAAAAUUUUUCGUAAUAAGAUUAUCAAAGGUAUGACUUCAAAAGAGAAAGCAGAGGAAGGCUUUAUGAAGCUAAGUUUCUUACGCAAUGAACCGUUUUUCGUAAACUUAACCUUUAUACUCAAGACACGCCCAAAUUUACUGCAAAGUAUUUUUACAAAAGUACCAAAAAAUAAAAAGAUAAACUUACUUGAUAUAGUUCAGAACGACAGAGAAUUGAAUAAACUAUUGACAGAAAUCCAAAACAUUCAGUUUUUUGACACACUACUUACUGAGAAGGAUUAUAUGGCAAUUGCUAAAAUCGCCACGUUCGGUUUCCCCCAUGAUGCUAUUAUAUUCAUUUACGUAAUGUGUGAAUGUGAUGAAGAAAAUGCUUUGCUUCUGUUAGAGACCUUUGAUAGACUCUACGGUUCCGAGAGCGACGAAGAAGAAUGUGAAAAUGAAGAAGGGGAGGUUGAGGACGGGAAUGAAGGGGAAGAAAUUUUCGAAAUGGAAGCGAAUUUCGGAACAGAACAAAAUUUAGAAAUAAAAAAAAAUUUCAACGCAGAAAAAUGUAAUAAUAAAGACACAGACGUAGAAGAUGAUAAAGAUGAGAAUAGAAAUGAGAAAAAGGAUGAGCAAAAUUAUACAGACUAAAAUAAAAAUAAGUACCAGACA